ACAUUUCCAUGCAGCCCCCCUCCCUCUCCUUCCCUUUCUCUCUUUUCAGGGGCUGUAAGGAGUCGCCUUUAGUACAGAUGCUCAUACGGGCCAGAGCUGUCCCAUCACUGAUCCACCCGGGGAUUUCUUGCCUUCUCGCUUGGGGACUUGCCUUCUAUUUGCAGUGCUGCUUCGCUUCCCAUUGAUCAUUUGUGGAGAGCAUGAAGAGAACGGAAGGAUCUAAGGAUUUGCCUACCUAAAUGGAACCCCCCACACCCACCGCAGAGCUUUCUCUCCUCGGCGGAUGCUGCUGAUCUGUAUGGAUUAUUCUGGCUUGGUGGCCCGCCUGCGCCGCUUAUAGUUGCCCCUGAGUUCGGGACCCCUCGGCUUGUGCUCACUUGUCCCUGGUGUAUCCCCCUUUCCUGCCUGCUGUAGGAUACCAAUGGCCUCUGUUCCCCCCGGUGCGGGGGAGAGGGGCUUUACAGAUCUCCCCCCGGGUUACAAAACGACCCACACAGCUCCCAGCUCGGAUCUGCUGAGGAGACCCAGCUAUUGCCAUGCCGCCUUUGCACUCAAGCAGAUCGCCAAGGGCAAGGCUGUUGGCCAAAAGGCCCCUCUCUGGCUACGAGCUCAGUUCCAAGCCUUGCUGUUCUCCCUGGGCUGUUCCAUCCAGAGACACUGUGGGAAGGUCUUGUUCAUUGGAUUGCUGGUGUUUGGGGCUCUCGCUGUGGGCCUUCGUGUGGCUUCCAUUGAGACUGAUAUCGAAAGGUUGUGGGUGGAAGCUGGAAGCAGAGUGAGCCAUGAGCUUCGCUACACUAAGGAGAAACUGGGAGAAGAAUCUGUAUAUACGUCACAAAUGCUAAUCCAGACACCUAAAAGGGAAGGAGAAAAUAUACUGACCCAGGAAGCCUUGCUUCUUCAUCUGAGAGCAGCACUUGCUGCCAGUAAGGUGCAAGUGUCUAUGUAUGGGAAAUCUUGGGACCUGAAUAAAAUCUGUUAUAAAUCUGGAGUUCCAAUUAUUGAAAAUGGCAUGAUUGAGAGGAUGAUUGAAAAACUUUUCCCUUGUGUAAUAAUUACACCUCUGGACUGUUUUUGGGAAGGAUCUCAGCUUCAAGGUGGCUCUGCAUAUCUACCAGGAAGAGCUGACAUUCAGUGGACCAACCUAGACCCCAUCCAGUUAAUGGAAGAGCUUGGUCAGUUUACCAGUCUUGAUGGCUUCAAGGAAAUGCUGGACAAGGCUGAAGUAGGACAGGCAUACAUGGAACGACCUUGCCUGGACCCUACAGACAGUGAUUGCCCAGAAAGUUCUCCUAACAAAAAGACAAAGAAGAACCCUGAUAUUGUUUCCACACUUCGUCGUGGCUGCUAUGGAUUUUCCAAGAAAUUUAUGUAUUGGCAGAAAGAACUGAUCUUGGGAGGGAUGCUGAAAGGGCCAGAUGGUGAACUCAAAAGUGCUGAAGCUCUGCAGACAAUGUACCUCUUGAUGAGCCCAGGACAGCUUUAUGAACACUUCAAAGAUGACUAUGAGAUUCAUGACAUUAAUUGGAAUGAGGAGAAAGCAGCAGCCAUCUUGGAAUCCUGGCAAAGAAAGUUUGUAGAGCAAGCACAACAGUCCAUCCCACAGAACUCAUCCCAGGACAUCCAUGCCUUUUCUACCACCACACUUAACGACAUCAUGAAAUCCUUCUCUGAUGUCAGUGCCAUCCGCGUUGCAGGAGGAUACCUCCUUAUGCUGGCUUAUGCCUGUGUCACUAUGCUGCGCUGGGACUGUUCCAAAUCCCAAGGAGCGGUGGGCUUAGCUGGUGUACUCCUUGUGGCUCUCUCUGUAGCCUCUGGGCUUGGACUCUGCUCUCUCCUGGGCAUUUCCUUCAAUGCUGCUACUACACAGGUUCUUCCAUUUUUGGCCUUGGGCAUUGGAGUUGAUGACAUGUUCCUCCUGGCACAUGCAUUCACUGAGACCAGCCUAAGUACCCCCUUCAAGGAGCGGACAGGUGAAUGCUUGAGACGUACAGGUACUAGCGUGGCCCUAACAUCGAUUAACAACAUGAUUGCGUUCUUUAUGGCAGCACUUGUGCCUAUCCCUGCCUUACGGGCAUUCUCUUUGCAGGCAGCAGUGGUAGUUGUCUUCAACUUUGCAAUGGUCCUAUUAAUAUUUCCUGCCAUCCUGAGCCUGGACCUUCACAGGAGGGAGGACCAGAGGUUGGACAUCCUGUGUUGUUUUUACAGCCCUUGCUCUUCCAGAGUGAUUCAGAUUCAACCUCAGGAGUUUUCUGAUGCAAAUGACAAUCAUACUUACCAUCCCUCCUCAUAUGGAAACCCAACCAUCACCACCAGCACUCAGAUCACCACCACAGUGCAAGCUUUUACUCAGUGUGACCCAUCUGGACAUCAUAUUGUUACCAUUUUACCACCUACUUCGCAGAUUUCCACAUCACCCUCAGUCAUUGUGCCUACUAUGGACCCUCUUGGGUCCCAAGUUUUCAGCCCGUCUAGCUCAACCCGAGAUUUGUUGGCCCAACUAGAUGAAAGCAAAGAAAAGAGGGAGUGUGUUCCCCUGCCAUUUCUAAAAUGGAGCCUCUCUGAUUUUGCCCGGGAGAAAUAUGCCCCUGUGCUGCUAAAAGCAGAAACCAAGGGAAUUGUUGUGGCACUAUUUAUGGCUCUUCUGGGUCUUGGGCUGUACGGGACCACCAUGGUCCAUGAUGGAUUGUACCUUACAGACAUUGUCCCACGUGAGACCAAGGAAUACAACUUCAUCUCUGCCCAGUUCAAGUAUUUCUCCUUCUAUAACAUGUUUAUUGUAACCAAGGAUGGAUUUGAUUACCCCAAAGCCCAGGAAUCUCUUUAUGAUCUUCAUGAAGCUUUUGGCUCUGUCAAGUAUGUAGUGCGUGAAGAAGGAAGAGACCUGCCCAAAAUGUGGCUCCAUUACUUUCAGGACUGGCUCAGAGGCCUUCAGACUGCCUUUGACAAGGAUUGGGAGUUGGGACAUAUAACAGAGGACAGUUACAGAAAUGGCACUGAAGAUAGUGUUCUGGCCUUCAAGCUUCUUAUUCAGACUGGAAAUAAGAAGGAACCCUUCAACUUCAAUCAGUUGACAAGCCGACGCUUGGUGGAUGAGAAAGGGCUGAUACCACAGGAUGCUUUCUACAUCUACUUAACUGUUUGGGUCAGCAAUGACCCCCUUGGCUAUGCAGCUUCACAGGCCAACUUCUACCCACAGCCUCCGGAGUGGAUACAUGACCGAUAUGACACCACUGGGGAAAACCUGAGAAUCCCAGCUGCUGAGCCCAUUGAAUUUGCUCAGUUCCCAUUUUACCUGAAUGGCCUUCGGCAAACAUCAGAUUUUAUUGAGGCCAUUGAGAGUGUGCGUUCUGUUUGUGAGGAGUUUGUCAAGCAGGGUGUUCAGAGCUACCCCAGCGGUUAUCCCUUCCUCUUCUGGGAGCAAUACAUUGGGCUCCGACACUGGUUCCUUCUGGCUAUCAGCAUUGUGUUGGCAUGCACUUUUCUUGUGUGUGCCAUUCUCCUUUUGAAUCCCUGGACUGCAGGCAUCAUUGUUUUCAUUUUGGCCAUGAUGACAGUCGAGCUUUUUGGGAUCAUGGGAUUGAUCGGUAUUAAACUGAGUGCCAUUCCAGUGGUGAUUCUCAUUGCUUCAGUUGGGAUUGGAGUGGAAUUCACUGUGCAUGUGGCCCUGGGCUUUCUCACUGCUAUUGGAGACAGAAACCAGCGUUCAGUACUGGCUCUUGAGCAUAUGUUUGCUCCAGUCCUGGAUGGGGCCAUUUCCACUCUUUUAGGAGUACUUAUGCUUGCAGGAUCUGAAUUUGAUUUUAUUCUGAGGUACUUCUUUGCUGUCCUGACAAUUCUGACAAUUUUGGGCCUGCUCAAUGGACUUGUCCUCCUUCCUGUGUUGCUUUCGUUAAUUGGACCACCUGCUGAAGUCACUCCAGCUGAUAAUAGUAGCCGACUGCCUACUCCCACGCCUGAACCUCUUCCCCCACCUCUAAACCACCAUGCCUUCUAUAUGAACCAUAAAGGAUUCAGCGAUCCUGAAGAUUCUUCAGAGUACUACUCCGAGACCACAACCACAUCAGGAUUGGAGGAAGAUGACCCCCAGCUAUAUGAACGUAGCGCUUACAUCAUACCCCCAAAACCACCACACAUCAUCCUGGAAGCCAGCAAGGAUCCCACUUAUCCCAAAAUAAUGUUGGUAAAGCCUUGCAAGGGAAACCAGGAUGUACCGGGGAAAAAAGACUCCAAGGAUAUCAAUAACAGUGAGGCACUUCCUGGUAAAGACAUAUCACAUAGAACCUGCCAAGAGCAGAAGGACACUCAGGAGCCCAGAGGCUCUAGGAUGAGACAGCAUCAGUUGGCCACAUCAUCUGGGCCUACAAGGACUAAUCAGCCCCAGAAUUCUCGGGCUCAGCACAGUACAAGGCCCCAGGGCCACAGGACUGCACCUCCAGCAUACUGUGCAAAGAUGUCAGCACCCAAUGGUUCUAUUACUACAGUGACAGCUACAGCUUCUGUAACCGUUGCUGUACACCCAAGCCUGCCUGGAACUGUACGUGGCUACAAUCACGAAGGUUUUGAGGACAGUGAUAUAGACUGCAUGGCUGUAAGGCCAGAGUGGGCAAAAAAGAGGGUCAAGCACCCAGAAGUCUUCGAAUUGGAAGAUCUAGAACAGGAUAGAAGACAGGAUAAGUCAUCUGUUCGACACUAGUGUCAAUCUCAAGAGCUAGCUGUGGAACAGAAAGAGUUAAACUUACAAGCUGUGUCCUUGUGUAGCAUCUUCAAAGAAGACCUGUCUAAAAGAAGAAAAAAAAAUAAUCAUUACUAAUUGUAAUAAUGUUUAUAAUGCAAAGCAAAUCUAUGUAUUAGAGACUUUCUGUAUGAAUAUAUUUUGUUAUGAAAAUUCACACAAAAACAACAAAAAAAAUCCUAUUUAAUAAGCUGAUGAUCUUGUACUGUAAGGAGGGUCCCUGGGCUGCACAGUAUUGUGUAAGCACAUGCCCCAUCUGUUGUCUAGUUACCCAGCAUACCAUACUUACCAGUGUUGCUGCUAUCUGUUUAGCCCCUGCAGGUAAUGAAACCCCCAUACUGUCAGUUUUUAUACAUAUCAAGGUAUUUUGUAUCGUUCUAAAAUGUAUAUAUAUAUAUUUUUUAUAAUAAUUAACAGAAGGUGCAAAUUUUAAGCUGCAUUUGCUGUUUCUUUAGAGAAGCAGUAUUUUUGGUAGUAAAGAAAAGCUGCACCUGGUGUCCUUUUGUAAAAGAGUUGUAAAAUAAAGCAGUUUAACAAUAUAAAAGAAAAUAGCUCAGGCGGUUACAGCAGCAUUUCGUCAUGUGCAAAGACAUGAAAUCCAUGAAAUAAAAAUAUAGAAUGGUACAAAAUACUGUUUUAUAUUGGAGCAAUCCAUAUUUUAGGUAUAAAAGACCUUGUUAAUCUUGUUAACAAUCUAGAAAAAUGCUUUGUGCCUUUAUGCUGCGACAAGAUGGCAUCACCAACUUGAGAAACUAGCAUCCAGCCCCUAAAUAAAUUGGAGUACAGUGAAAUAUAUAUGUGGACAGGGAUUUUAAAUUUAAAACAGACUGCCAUUGUACACAUCAAAGGAACUGUUAACUACCAUCGUCGUGUUCACUGAGGGAGGGGUGGUAAAUAAGAGCAGAAUGCUGCAAUUAAUAUGGAUGCUUUCCAUGGUCCCACCAUUUUGGUACACUGCAUUCUACUGCAUCUAUGCAAAUCAUACAUCACAUCUUUCUGGUUCUCGCUCUCUCUCUCUCUCUUUUUUGAGAGAGAGAGAGAGAGAACUGUAUUCUUUAACAAUAUUUGAAUGUAAAUGUGACCUGGAUUUGCCUUUGGUUGAUUUAUACUUCAUUUAUACUUCAAGGUAUAAAUCCAAAGGUCAAAUCCAGCAAAGUGCCACAACUUGCUUUCCUCUUAUAUGGAAAUCACAACUCGCACAGAAAUAGCUAAUCCUGGAUAAAAACCUAUUUACUUUUAAGUCUUGUAGCACUAUCAUUCAGGUAUAGACAAUUUCUGGAGAACUCCAGGAUUCCAAAUCCCAGCAUCCUCAGGCAGAUACAUUUCCAGCACCCUGUGCUCUGGUGGUUGCCUAUACCUACUGUAAACCAUUUAUUGAUUUACACUAGAGCUAGUUAACCCUUCCAGUGCUGUCACUGCCAGAAUUUCUUCCAAGCACUGAAGAGUUUAAUGUUCCCCAUUCAUCCCCUCCUAUUAGCUGUGAAAUGUUAACCCUUGGUAUCCUGUGUCCAAGUAGGACAUUUGUAUUAUUGUCCCUAUGCAGGGACACACAUUAUUUGCUGAUUUGUAUUUUAUUAAUAUUAUAUAAUUAUUAUUAUUAGUGUGUUGUAUAUUAUUUGGAAAUGGCAGCUUCUUUAACAUGUUAAAUAUAUAUUAAUUAACCCCUCAGCUGCUGCCAGGAGCCUGCAGAAACAUUGCUGUGCCUUUUUUUGUUUGCUCAGCAUCUCCCUGCCAGCUCCUCUGCCACUGAGUGGAUCUGUCUAUGUGUCUGUGUCUGUUUUGUGGACUGAAGCUUGGUACAAUGUGUCACUGUGCUAUAAAUUAUUUAUAUGAAAAGAGCAAAGUUUUAUUUUUGUAGUUUGUACAGGAGUUAGCCAUUCAACUGAAGUUUUAUUUUUAAAGAGUAAAAUAUAAAUAUAUAAAUAUAUAUAUAAAAAUAUAUAUUAUAUAUAAAGAUAA